UAACAUUUAGAGUGGCAGAGAAACUGUUGCUGCAGAUGGGAGGGCUGAGAUUUGUGUUGGUUGGAUUAUGUGUUGCUCUUUGUUUAUGUUGGUGUGCUCCAAAUGUGCAGGGACAGGUUACUGAUGCACAAGAAGUUUCUGCUUUACUAGCUGUCCGCGACCGACUAAAGGAUCCUUACAAAAAUCUGAAUUGGACGAGGAAGUUUGAUCCCUGUGCCGCAAACUGGACAGGGGUCAUAUGCUACUCGAACACCUCUGAUGGCUAUCUGCACGUUGAAGAACUGCGCUUACUACAACUGAAUCUGUCUGGAGAGUUGGCACCGGAGCUUGGGCUGCUAACUCACAUGAAGAUAUUGGACUUCUUGUGGAACAACAUCACUGGAAGCAUACCAAAGGAGAUUGGCAAAAUCACUGCACUUGUUCACUUGCUUUUGAGUGGAAAUCAAAUAUCAGGCCCUCUACCAGAUGAGCUUGGUUUUCUUCCCAACUUGAACAAAUUUCAGCUGGAUCUCAACAUGAUAUCCGGACCGAUCCCCAAAUCCUUCGCGAACUUAGCCAGCGUUCAGCAUUUCCACAUGAACAACAACCGAUUCACUGGCCAGAUCCCGCCUGAGAUUGGUACCCUUCCUUUACUUAAACACGUCCUUCUUGAUAACAACCAGCUGUCUGGGUAUCUUCCACCUGAGCUCGCCCUCAUGCCUAACUUGACGAUUCUUCAACUAGACAACAACAACUUUGCUGGGACUGGGAUUCCGGAUUCUUAUGCCAAUUUUACCAAGCUUGUCAAGCUGAGUCUCCGAAACUGCAGCCUCGAAGGAACAAUACCUGAUCUUAGUAGUCUCAGACGCCUUCUUUACUUGGAUCUAAGCGUGAAUCAGCUUACUGGAAAGAUAAUGGGAAAUAGACUCGCUCAAAACAUUACAACCAUUAUUCUAUCACACAACGAGCUCAACGGUUCCAUUCCAUCCAACUUCUCUUCCCUCCCUCGACUUCAGAAAUUGGCUCUCAACAACAACUUAUUGAGCGGAUCUGUGCCAUCGGACAUUUGGGACAAUGCAUUGUUCACUUCAGAAUCAAAACUUGAUAUAAAUUUUGAACAUAACUUGCUUUCUGAUAUUUCCGGCACCCUUAAUAUUCCUCCAAAUGUUACACUAAAGCUUAGUGGAAACCCUGUGUGCAGUAGUGCAAACCAGCAAAACAUCGCCUCGUUCUGUGGAGGUAGUAAUGGUGGUGAAGACAUACCUGACGAUAGCUUGGAGAAGCCUGCAUUGUUGAGCUGUCCGCCUCAGAUUUGUCCCAUCCAAGGCAACUUCGAAUACGUCCCAACUCUGCCAGAUCAAUGCGUAUGUGCAGCACCUUUUGGCGUGGGAUUGCGGCUUAGGAGUCCCAGCAUAUAUCAAUUCCCUCCGUAUCUGGAUCUAUUUAAAGAUUUCAUAAUAUCAGGCAUUAAGCUGUAUCGUUACCAGGUUCAUGUUGAGUCGAUCUCAUGGGAAAGGGGCCCGAGGCUGAGAAUGUUUCUGCUCUUCUUUCCGGACCACAACAAAUCUACUGUGUUUGAUGCUAGUGAGGUUCAAGACAUUGCAACUGUGUUUGCUCACUUCACGAUACCUGGGAGUGAUGUAUUUGGGCCUUACGACCUCCUCAACUUCACUGCCAAGGGACCCUACUCCAACUUUCUGCUGCCCUCCAUAAACAACGGUGGCGGUGGUCUGAGCAAAGGUGCAUUGGUUGGAAUCGUGCUUGGAUCCAUCUCAUGUGCCGGUGUGAUAAUUGCCUGCCUCCUGCUUUUCAUUCAGAAACGGCGACAGCAGUCCAACUCUAAAUAUUCUGUCAAGGAUAAAUCAUUCCCCAAAGUCUCGAUGAAGGUGGAGGGUGUGAAGGCGUUUGAUUUCGAGGAUUUGGAGAUGGCAACGAACAAUUUCAGAACUCAGAUAGGGCAAGGAGGAUAUGGAAAAGUGUACAAAGGCACUACAGCAGACGGUGCAGUUGUUGCUAUAAAGCGUGCACAGCAAGGUUCGUUGCAGGGCGACAAAGAGUUCUACACAGAGAUUGAAAUGCUUUCUCGCCUGCAUCAUCGUAAUCUGGUGUCACUGGUUGGGUAUUGUGAUGAGAAGGAUGAGCAAAUGCUGGUUUAUGAGUUCAUGCCCAAUGGAUCCCUCCAUGACCUCCUAACUGCCAAAUACACAGCACCUCUCAAUCUGGAAACAAGACUGCACAUUGCACUUGGCGCUUCGAGAGGCAUUCUUUACCUGCACACGGAAGCUGAUCCGCCCAUUAUCCACCGCGACAUCAAGGCCAAUAACAUAUUACUGGACUCCAAAUGGACAGCUAAAGUCUCUGAUUUCGGCAUCUCAAGGCUUGCGCCUGUCUCAGACGCCAUAGGAGAUACAGCUGCUCACAUAUCCACCAAUGUUAAAGGCACACCGGGGUACGUGGACCCGGAAUACUUUCUGACACACAAGUUAACAGAGAAGAGCGAUGUGUAUAGCCUUGGCAUUGUAUUCUUGGAGCUGGUGACAGGAAUGCAGCCUAUAGCUCAUGGAAGAAACAUUGUGAGAGAGGUGAACACAGCAUGUCAAUCUGGGAUGAUGUUUUCCAUCAUAGACAGGACAAUGGGGCCAUUCCCUGAAGACAUUGUGAAGAAAUUCAUGACUUUAGCUCUGAGAUGUUCCAUGGAUGAGACCAAGGACAGACCUCCUAUGCUAGAAGUAGUGAGAGAGCUAGAGAAUAUAUCAUCCAUGCUCAACCCAAGUAUCUCCACCUCACCCUCCCCUCCGACUUCAUCUCUCUACGGCGACAGAACAACUAGUUACGCCACCAUGGAUCUCCUGCCCGGAACUGGAACCGACCUCGUCAGCGGUGUCAUUCACACCAUCAAUCCUCGCUGACCACUUGUAUAUAAACCAGAAUAAAUUUCAUAUGCUUGAUGAUUACAAAAUGAAACCACUUAAUUUGGUCUUGUA